UUCCCCUAUAAACACCCCAAAUCAGGGCACUUGACAUGCUCCCUCCAUUUUUGCACUACCAAUUGGCCUCUCUUUAUCUUCCAUUAUGUCAGGAACCUUAAAAUUGAUCUCCGUAGACACAUGUUUUCCGGUCAUCCAUCGCCGGAAAAUCGCGUUUUCGACUAAAUUUCCCGGUCUGUUCGGCGGUAAUUCAGUGUGUUGUAAGAGGCCGGGGCUUGUUUCAGUGACAUGUGGGCUCAAUUCCAUGGAAGAGGGGAGAAAUGGAGGGGGCUUCUCUGGUGAUUUCAGUGUUGUUUUGUGGGGUUUAAGGGUUUUGAACUCUCUCCAUGAACGCCGGAAAACUUGCCGAAAAGCUGCUGAACUCAGUGGAUCCGGUGGCGGAUUUGCAGGGGAAUAUACAGAUAUGGAAAUGAAGCCUAAGAAAAGGACAGUAGCAGGCAUUGAUCAAGAUGAACUUCUUGACCCAUCAAUGUUAGCUGAUCCAGACAGUUGCUUUUGCGAGUUUAAAGGGGUAAAAAUACACCACAAAGUGUGUGAUAACGAGGAAGUAAAUAACCCCUCUCUUAGUAGCAACACUUUAACAUUCGACAGCGCAAGUAGCGCAGGAAAGCCUGGGUGUCCAAUGAUUUUAUUGCAUGGUUUUGGGGCCUCUGUGUUUUCAUGGGACCUGGUUAUGAGGCCCCUUGCCAGAGUUGCUGGCUCAAAAGUUCUUGCAUUUGAUAGACCAGCUUUUGGGUUGACUUCUAGGAUGGAGGUGGGUAGAAGUGGGGAUGCAACUCCUUUGAAUCCAUAUUCGAUGGCUUUCUCUGUGCUUGCAACUCUGUCCUUCAUAGACACUCUGAAGACUGGAAAGGCGAUUCUGAUGGGGCACUCUGCUGGUUGUCUUGUAGCAGUUAACACAUACUUUGAAGCUCCUGAGCGCAUUGCUGCCCUCAUCCUUGUCGCCCCUGCAAUUUUGGCCCCUUUGCUACCACAAAAGGUUGUGAGAAAAGAUCAAGUGGGGGAAGAGAUUCAAAUGGUAGAUGAUGGCUUCCCUUCGAAUAAUCAAGAGAACUUAUUCUCGUGGAUUGGGAAGAUUUUAUCCAAGCUUUGUAGUUAUGUUGCAAAUACACUCAUGCGUUUGUUACGAGGAAUGAUGGACAUGGUCAGUGGUCUUUUCAGGAAUGUUCUAUGUGCAAUUCUUCGAUCAAGAUUUGCUUUAGCGUUGGUAAGGAUCAUCAUAGAUAAGUUUGGGAUAGCAGCUGUUCGAAAUGCUUGGUACGAUGUUAACAGGGUCACAGAUGAAGUACUACGAGGUUACAUAAAGCCACUCAGGACAAGGUCUUGGGACAGGGCUUUGCUAGAGUACAUGAUUUCCAUGCUGAUGGACUCCACAUCUGGAUCAAAGCCACCGCUCCAAAAACGUCUAGCAGAGAUCACAUGCCCAGUUCUGAUCAUCACUGGAGACUCUGACAGGCUCGUCCCUGCAAAGAAUGCAAAGCGUUUGUCCAUAGCCAUACCUGGUUCCCAGUUUGAAGUGAUCAAGAAUUGUGGGCAUUUGCCUCAUGAAGAGAGACCUGAAGAGUUUCUCUGCAUUGUUGAGAAAUUCUUGCAACGAAUCUUUGGUAUUCCUGAGGAGCAGUUUAUCCAAGCCAUGGCCUAAGGAUUCAACUAUAAAUGUUCGUAAAUUUCAACUUAUUCAAAUUUGUUUUUUCUCAGGCAUUGCAGCCUCUGCACAGGUAUGACAAUAGUGUCAUUUUCUUCUAAAUUGGUGAUAUUUUCUGUCUUUGCAAUAGGAUUCGAAUCUCAUACUGAACAAAAAUCAUGUGUAGAAUUAUGUAUAUUAGACUUUUAGCUGUUAAAGGCAAAACCUUCACUCUGUUUUGCUCUUAGGAUGAAUAUUUGACAUUCAUUUGUGGCAGUCAUUAUCUUAAUGUCUGAAUUAUAAUUUGGGGAAUAAUAGAUGAUUUGUAGGGUUUAAGCCCCACAAUUCUUUUUCUGGCA